CUCCAAACGUCCUUAGUCAGAAGAAAACGCCACAGGUAUUACAACACAGGAAAUUUUACGUCAGAAGACCGUCAUUUUUAUAGCUAUAAAUAAGGGCCGAGAUGUCCAGUGAUUUCAAACACUCCACUUCGAGAGGCAAGAAGACAACACUCAACCACCAGAGACCUGACGAGUCGAGAGGACAACAUGAAGAGUUUCUACGUGUUCUGUCUCGCCGCGUGUCUGUACGGCACGCUGCUCGUGCCUUCCUCGGCGCACCCCUCACCCUUACACCGAGGACAGGGACGCCACCACCACCCCCACCCCGACCAGGACGACCUUCCACCAGAUGUCGAGCUGAUCGACUUCGACCAGUUUUUCGGGGUGCCAGAGGACCCAUUAAGUGAACAGAUUGAAGGUACGGAAGAAGGUGAGACGAAUCGUGAGCCCCUGUCACAACAACCAAAAGGAUUCAACAAGAAUGACGGAAUGCUCUACCUACAACAGUUUGGGUAUUACAACAUGUCAGAGGACCCCACAGGCAUGCUGGGAAGUCUGGGCACCAUCAGUCCCAUGAUGCGUCGCGCGGUCAUCAACUUCCAGAGGUUCGCAAACAUCCCGACAACAGGUGUCAUUGAUGAAAAGACGGCAGAGAUGAUGAAGAUGCCGCGGUGCGGAUGCCCUGAUGUUGUGGCGCCGCCUAGCGGUCCUGUGGCGCGUUACACCCGCCUGGGCAGCAGAUGGCAAAAGAACGACCUGACCUACCGCAUCAACAACUUCACUCCUGACCUCCCCCGCGAUCAAGUAGUAGAUGCCAUUGCCCGCGCAUUUGACGUAUGGUCCGAGGUGACGCCCUUGACCUUCAGACGUGUUUCCGGUCCAGCUGACAUCGAGAUCCGGUUCGCCGCCGGUAGCCAUGGAGACGGCAACGCCUUCGACUCCAGGGGAGGCGUCCUGGCGCAUGCGUACCAACCCGGAGGGGGCAUCGGCGGUGACGCCCAUUUUGACGAGUCGGAAGUCUGGCAAAUCGGAGGACCAAGUAUCGCGUUCCUGAGCGGAACUGACCUGUUCUCGGUGGCGGCUCACGAGUUCGGCCACUCUCUGGGGCUGGGGCACUCCCAAGUGAACUCCGCCCUGAUGGCGCCGUUCUACCGGUACCAGUCGCGUCUGCGUCUGGACAGAGACGAUAUCAACGGGAUUCAGAGUCUGUACGGUGGACCGCAACCUCGUCCUCGUCCCCAGCCCACGCCAGCACCUCGUCCCCAGCCCACCAAGCCUCCCGUGAACCCACCGCCCCCUGGCGGAGAGGGUGAUGCUGACACCUGCAGCGGGAAAAGUUUCGACGCCUUCACCCGCUUGGCCAACGGCACCAUGUACGCCUUCAGAGGGAAGUACUUCUGGCAGCUGACUGAGCGUGGGGUGUCGCCUGGAUACCCACAGCUGAUCAAGGACGUCUGGCAGGGAUUGCCGGGAAAUCUGGACGCCGCCAUGUUCUAUGAGAUCAACGGAAAGACAUACUUCUUCAAGGGAGGACAGUUCUGGCGGUUUACCGGUGACAGCAUGGACAGCGGAUACCCCCGUUCCAUCAGUGUCUGGCGUACUGUGAGUGACAUCGACGCCGCUCUGUACUACGGAGAAUGGGACGGCAGAACCAGAUCCUACUUCUUCAAAGACGGGCAGUACUGGCGGUACACCGGCGGGGCCCGGGCGGGAGCCGACUCCGGCUACCCCCGCUCCCUCAGCCUGUGGCGCGGCUUCCCCACACGGAUCGACGCCGCCUUCACCAGCGCGGACGGCACCAGGUACAUCUUCCGUAAGGACCGCUACUGGAAACUGGCAGCUAACCGCGCUGCUGUGGACACCAACGGGGGGUACCCGCGGAGCGUCGCCACGGACUUUCUGGGUUGCGCUAAAACCCUUGUAGACCUAGAGGUAGAGCCUUGAUAGA